CGGGAGGGGCGGGGCGAGCGCAGCGCCCGGUGCGGUCUCCAAUGAGCGGCGCGGAACCUGCACCACCAACGACCCGAGCCCUCUGCUCGCCCCUUCCCACGGCUCACCUGGUGCCAGGUAAAAGGUAAAGAGAGACUCAGAGACAUCAAGUGACUUGCCCAAGGCCACACAGUCAGCAAGCAACAGCCCUGCAGCCUCGCCCUGAUGCUCGCUGUUGCCCCUGUAGGUCCAGCCCCGCCCCACGCACGAUGACUGCGCUGCCCCCCUGAGCCAGCACCUGCCCCUCGGCAGCAGCGCCGCCAGCCGGCAGGAUGCGGCUGUGGAAGGCGGUGGUGGCGACGCUGGCCUUCAUGAGCGUGGACGUGGGCGUGACCACAGCCAUCUACGUCUUCAGCCACCUGGACCGCAGCUUGCUGGAGGACAUCCGCCACUUCAACGUCUUCGACUCGGUGCUGGACCUGUGGGCGGCCUGCCUGUACCGCAGCUGCCUGCUGCUGGGAGCCACCAUCGGCGUGGCCAAGAACAGCGCCCUCGGGCCACGGCGGCUGCGGGCCUCGGGGCUCGUCAUCACCCUCGUGUGCCUCUUCGUGGGCAUCUACGCCAUGGUGAAGCUGCUGCUCUUCUCCGAGGUGCGCAGGCCCAUCCGGGACCCCUGGUUCUGGGCCAUCUUCGUGUGGACGUAUGUCUCGCUGGCCGCCUCCUUCCUGCUGUGGUGGCUGCUGUCCACUGUGCGGCCCGACGCCGAGUCCCUGGAGCCGGGGGCGGCAGCUGAGGCCGAGGGCUUCUCGGGAGCAGGCCGGCCACCUGCCGAGCAGGCGUCGGGGGCCACGCUGCAGAAGCUGCUCUCCUACACCAAGCCCGACGGGGCCUUCCUCGCAGCCGCCUCCUUCUUCCUCAUCGUGGCUGCGCUGGGAGAGACCUUCCUGCCCUACUACACGGGCCGGGCCAUCGACAGCAUCGUCAUCCAGAAGAGCAUGGACCAGUUCAGCACGGCCGUGGUCGUCGUGUGCCUGCUGGCCAUCGGCAGCUCGUUUGCCGCAGGUAUUCGGGGCGGCAUUUUUACCCUCAUAUUUGCCAGACUGAACAUCCGCCUUCGGAACUGUCUCUUCCGCUCACUGCUGUCCCAGGAGACGAGCUUCUUUGACGAGAAUCGCACAGGGGACCUCAUUUCCCGCCUCACCUCGGACACCACCAUGGUCAGCGACCUGGUCUCCCAGAACAUCAACAUCUUCCUGCGGAACACGGUCAAGGUCACGGGCGUGGUGGUGUUCAUGUUCAGCCUCUCGUGGCAGCUGUCCCUGGUCACCUUCAUGGGCUUCCCCAUCAUCAUGAUGGUGUCCAACAUCUACGGCAAGUGCUACAAGCGGCUCUCUAAAGAGGUGCAGAACGCCCUGGCCAGGGCCAGCAACACGGCCGAGGAGACCAUCAGCGCCAUGAAGACGGUGCGCAGCUUCGCCAACGAGGAGGAGGAGGCCGAGGUGUACCUGCGGAAGCUGCAGCAGGUGUACAAGCUGAACAGGAAGGAGGCGGCCGCCUACAUGUACUACGUCUGGGGCAGCGGGCUCACCCUGCUGGUGGUCCAGGUCAGCAUCCUGUACUACGGGGGCCACCUCGUCAUCUCAGGGCAGAUGACCAGCGGCAACCUCAUCGCCUUCAUCAUCUACGAGUUCGUCCUGGGGGACUGUAUGGAGUCCGUGGGCUCCGUCUACAGCGGCCUGAUGCAGGGAGUGGGGGCGGCCGAGAAGGUGUUCGAGUUCAUCGACCGGCAGCCCACCAUGGUGCACGAUGGGAACUUGGCCCCUGACCACCUGGAGGGCCGGGUGGACUUUGAGAACGUGACCUUCACCUACCGCACCCGGCCCCACACCCAGGUCCUGCAGGAGCUGUCCAAGCCGAGGCCUGACCCAGGAGCAGGAGCCCGCCAGACUUUCUGCAGAGAACAGUUCCGGGAGACGAAUGUGUCCUUCAGCCUGUGUCCGGGCAAGGUGACGGCGCUCGUGGGGCCCUCGGGCAGCGGGAAGAGCUCAUGCGUCAACAUCCUGGAGAACUUCUACCCCCUGGAGGGGGGCCGCGUGCUGCUGGACGGCAAGCCGAUCGGCGCCUACGACCACAAGUACUUGCACCGCGUGAUCUCCCUGGUGAGCCAGGAGCCCGUGCUGUUCGCCCGCUCCAUCACGGACAACAUCUCCUACGGCCUGCCCACCGUGCCCUUCGAGAUGGUGGUGGAGGCCGCGCAGAAGGCCAACGCCCACGGCUUCAUCAUGGAGCUGCAGGACGGCUACAGCACGGAGACGGGGGAGAAGGGCGCACAGCUGUCUGGUGGCCAGAAGCAGCGGGUGGCCAUGGCCCGGGCUUUGGUGCGGAACCCACCUGUCCUCAUCCUGGACGAAGCCACCAGCGCGCUGGACGCAGAGAGCGAGUACCUGAUCCAGCAGGCCAUCCACGGCAACCUGCAGAAGCACACGGUGCUGAUCAUCGCACACCGGCUGAGCACCGUGGAGCGGGCGCACCUCAUAGUGGUGCUGGACAAAGGCCGUGUGGUGCAGCAGGGCACACACCAGCAGCUGCUGGCCCAGGGCGGCCUCUACGCCAAGCUGGUGCAGCGGCAGAUGCUGGGGCUCGAGCCCUCCUCAGACUACACAGCCAGCCGCAAGGAGCCGCCCGGCAACGGCAGCCUCAAGGCCUGACCCGCAGCCUCGCGUCUCCUGGGGCAGAGGCCCCAGCACCCGCCCGGAAGAUGUGCCCGCGGGGCCCCCCGGCAGCCCCCAGCUGCCCUGGGAGCCCAGGCCCGUGGCGCUGGCUGGCGACCUGCCAUGGCCCACGAAUCACCGCUUUCUGCAUCUCGCCCCGGUUCCCGCCCUGUCCCUGGGCACCGCCAGCCCCGCCCUGCCACACGCCCCCGUCUGCUGGCCUCCCACCUGGUCUCCCCGGGCUCCUUGCCAGGACACCUUUUUAAACCAGGAUCUCCCCGGGUUUUUUACUGCCCGGUUCGACACACCCCAGUCGACUCCUAGAUUUCAAAAACAUUUUUCUAAUUGGGAGUAACGGAGGGCAAGUUCACCCAGAUGUUCUAGAGACUUCUGAGCCAGGAGUGAACUGCCCUUCCCAGUAGCCUGGGGAUGUCAGAACAGAACUGGUCUCUACCCUUUACUCGCAGAGAAGGGGCUUACCCAGAUGUUCUAGAAACUUCUGAGCCAGGAGUGACAGGCCUUUCUGUCUCUCCCUCUUCCCAGCUCUGUGAGUCCGGCCAAGGGUGGGCGGGGGCCUGAGGUUCUGUCUGCCCGGGGCCCCCUCUGCCCUCCCAAUCUAAGCCAGUCUCACUGUGACCCCUGAGGAACCUUGGCUGGGGAAGCGAGGGGCUGACCAGGCCUGACAGGGCCUCAGGGGUGGCCCGGGCUGAGCACCCCAUACUUUUAGCCCCUGUGGCCCUGCCUCACCCCUCCCCGAGGCUGGCAGCCGCCCUCCCUGCCCCUGCCACCCUGCCGCUGGAGCCCCAGAUGUUUGUAGGAUGCCUCCUCUUCUGUUUGGUGGACGGGACUGGCUUUGCCCCGGGUUUGCGAGAUGUUGGGAGAACCCGGUCAAUAAAGUGUACUACCUCUGA